AUGAUAAGGAUGGCGUCGGCGUCUCAGCCACUGUCGUCAGCCGUGCGGGUGCGCGGGUGCGGCGGCGCGGCUUCGGCGUCGUCCGCGCGCCUCUUCACGGGGUCGCGGGGUAGAGUCGCGGCGUCGAUUGGGAGGGGGAGGAGGCGGAGGCGCGCCAUCUCGUGCUGCUCGUCUCCGGACGCAGAUGGGACCCGCCCCGCCGCGCCACCGACCUCCGCGGCGCCUUCGGACGGGUCGAUACAGCUCUAUUCCCAGAUCGAGAGGGUGAUCACGGAGGCGGCAAAGCAGUCCCGGGAGGGCUGGGGUUCGACUGGAGAUUGGACCGAAGUCGAGGGAGCAUGGGUGUUGAGACCGAAGUCCUCAGAGCCAUCAUUUGUUGUCCACUUUGUUGGAGGAAUUUUUGUCGGAGCCGCUCCCCAGAUCACAUACCGCUUCUUCCUCGAGUGUCUCGCGAACAGGGGAGCUUUGGUGAUUGCGACGCCUUAUGCGAGCGGCUUUGACCAUUUCUUCAUCGCAGAUGAAGUUCAAUUUAAGUUUGACAGGUGUUUGAGAAACUUGGAUGAGCCUGUAAAUGAUCUCCCAACAUUUGGUGUUGGACAUUCCUUGGGAUCUGUUAUCCACAUGUUGAUUGGAUCAAGAUAUGCUGUGCAGCGAAGUGGAAAUGUAUUGAUGUCUUUUAACAACAAGGAGGCAAGCUCCGCAAUCCCACUAUUUUCACCUGUAAUUGUUCCUAUGGCACAAAGUUUUGGCCCGAUAUUGUCCCAAUUGACAUCAUAUCCAACAAUCCAAUUUGGGGCAGAAGCAGCCAUUAAGCAGCUUGAGAAUCUAAGCCCGCCUGUUGUUAAGCAAUUUCUACCUUUACUUCAACAACUUCCUCCGUUGUAUAUGGACUUAGUACAAGGGCGGGAGGACUUCAUUCCAAAACCAGAAGAGACACGCCGCCUGAUAAAAUCCUACUAUGGAAUUUCUCGAAAUCUCUUAAUAAAGUUCAAAGAUGAUCAAAUUGAUGAAACCUCUACCCUUGCACAAGUACUAAGCUCCGAAGCAGCUAUUAGCUCGUUGCUUGAUAUGUCAAUUCGAUCACUUCCUGGGGAUCAUGGGCUACCAUUACAACAGGUUCUUCCUGAUGUUCCACCAGCAAUGGCUGAUGCAGUGAACCGUGGAGGUGAACUACUGGCAAAUCUGACAACGGGUACACCAUGGGAGGCUGUUGCUAGGGAGGUUGGUACCACUUUGGGUACUGACUCAGGCAUUCUACGAGCACAGAUCUCAAAAGACGUCGAAACUCUUGUCGAUGUAAUUGCUUCAUGGAUAUCUUCAAAUUCUGGCCCAAGACUACUUCGCCCAUGA